AUGAUUGUUGAUUGUCGAAUGAUAAAAUCAAUAUUGGUAUUGAUGAUUUAUUUGAGUUGUUGGUCUUGUUGUUGUACUUUGGCAUUUGUACUUCCACAAGAGAUUAAUAAUAAUUGUACAUAUGCAGCACCCGAUGGAGGAAUGUUUGAACCAAACGAGAAUGACACCACACCAUGGUCAUGCACACCGACUGGAUUCUAUCCCUUUAACAAUUAUGUAUACAUCAACACCAAUGUGACGGUUCAGACCAUCCUUCCAUCCUACCAAUUUCCAUACUAUCUCAAUGACCUCGAAAUCGGAAGUCGAAACGACUCCACCAUUGUCUCUAAACUAGUCAUCCGAAAUAUAACCAUCUUUAACACCGAAUCCACCAUUGUCUAUAGUCCAUCCAUCAUGAUCAUCAACAACGAUUACAACGCAACAACUUAUUAUUUUUCCAAAGAAAUGAUCAUAAUGGGAUCAUUUAUCAGCCAAAAGUCAAGAUUAUUCUUAUCACCUGCCAAUUCUAGGCUUUUAGUUUCUGGUUUAUCAUCAACUUUUGAAUUAUAUAAUCAGGCAACUUUUAUUAUAAAUAAUUCGUCUGCCAAGUUUCUAUCAAGUGAUUAUGGUCCAAUUGAAAUAAGGUCUGGUUCUGAAUUGGUAGCAUCUAGUCACUCUAAAAUCAUUACCAUAUCCGAUAUGAUCAUGCAACAAUAUUCCAUUCUAAGAAUAACAAGUGGUUCCGAGCUAUAUUCAACCAUCAUGAAUACAACAAAAUCAAAACUAUAUUUUAAAAAUGCAAAUAGAAUUCAAUUUAAUCAUUUAAUUGUAACUGAUGGAGGAAUUGAUAUUAUAAAUUCAAAAUAUUAUAUUCAAAAAGAAUAUCCAAAUGAUGGUAAAGAUAAACAUCCAUUUCAACAAUUUGAAUGGUCAGAUACUUAUAUCAAUUCAUUUGAUGAGCUAAAAAAGAGAAAAUAUAAUGGUAGAAUGGAAUUAUUAAAUACUUGGAUGAAUAUUGAAAAUAGUACUUUUAAUUUAAAUUCUGCUACUUUUUUUGCUAAUUCAACAACAAUAGAUACAUACAAUUCAACAUUUUUAUUUAGAAACUCAAUAUUUGAAACCUUUUCAAUUGGUAGUAAAAAUGGAGGAGAAUAUAAUCAACUACAUGAUAUUAAUCGAUCUAGGAUCACUCUGUACAAUUCAACUUUUAAAAGUAGUGGUUCGUUUGAAAGUUUAACUUUUAAUGAUGCAAAAAUUAGAAUGGACAAUGACUCUACGAUUGAUUCAUCCUAUUCUCUAUCAUUCUAUCGAAGUGAUAUUAAAUCAAAUGGAACUAUAUCAUUUAAAGAAUUAUAUCUAUUUGGAAUUACUAUUAAUGAAUUUAGUGGUAGUUUUAAAUCUUUAAAGGGUGGAUUAUUAAAACUUUCAAGGCAUUCUUUCUUUUUGGAUCAUAGUGAAAGAAAUCAACUUGAUGAUAUUUCCAUUUUCUUAAAAGAGUCUACACUUCAAAUCGAACAACCAAGAACCUUUUCACAACAACAACAACAACAACAACAACAAAGUGGUUCUUCACAAACAACAAACUGUAUCUAUUUAAACGACUCGAUCAUUAUCAAUAAUAAUAUUCUCCAACUUUAUGAAAUUCCAAUCAUUAUCUAUGAUUCUAAAAGUGCAAAUACAACAAGUAGAAUCAUUAAUAAUGUUGUAAUGGGGAUUAAUAAUAUUACUUUUCAAAAACCAAAAAAUUCAAUAGAUGAUUUUAUAACUCCAAUAAUUGAAAAUAAUGGUUAUUUACAUAUUAAUGGAGAUUUAUCUUCAAUUCGUAUCGAACAAUCACAAAACAAAUAUAGUGCUGUUAAAUUAAAUUAUAAUAGUACGAUUAGAUCAAAGUAUCUUGUAAAUAUAGCAAAUGGAUCGAUUGGUGGAGAAGGCACUAUUGACGCUGAAAUGUACAUUGGUCAAUCCUCGACAAUUGGUAUACCACAAUCUAAAACUAAACUCCAAUUUAUUAAACCUGUAGAAUUUGGAAAUCAUUCAACUAUUCUUAUUUAUAUUGAUUCUAUUUCAAAUUUUACAAAUUUGAAUUUUAAAUCAAAUGUUUCACUACCAAAUUCAAAGUUAAUGAUAAAGAUUAAUUCAGAUUUAUUAUUUGGUGAUGGAAAUUUCGAAAUAAUCAAUUUAAAUAGUUUUAUGUCAAAUAUGGUCAAUUUCAGUACUGAUAUCAUGGUGUACAACUACCGAAAUCAAAAACAAGAUGUUUCAGUUCCAAUAUCUUGUAAUAUAAGAGUUCAAAGUAGUUUAGACUCUGUCACUGUCUCUUUUAAACAAUGUAUGGUGUCUGUUGUCUCUAAAGAUUCUGCAAUAUCUAGCUUUGGUAGUAAAUCAAUGUCUGCAGGUGUCAUCUCUGCCAUUGUAGCAGGAUCAAUACUUUUACUCUCCAUAUUAUUUGCCAUUUUUUAUUGUAUCAAAAAACAAAUUUCACAUGCCAACAAGGAAAGAAAUAGAAUUGGCAAUAACAACGAUAAUAAUAAUAAGGUUGACAAUAACAACAAUAAUAAUAAUAGUAGCAGUAGUAGUAGUAAUAGUACUAUAGCAGCACAAACGAGUGAUUUUCAUCAUCCAAAAGUUUAA